AUGUCGGACGUUGUGAGACUAGGAGGCCUGCAUGAGGGGCCCGUUCUGGCCUGUGAUUCUGCCCCUGACGGCCGUACCGUGGUCACGUGCGGCCUCGAUCAGCGCAUCGGUGUCUGGGACCUGGAUGGCGAGGCGCCGUACAUCCUGGAAACCGGGGACGUCGCAUCAUGCGUGCGCUGGUUGGGCGGCCAGAAGCUGGCCAUCGGCUGCGCAGACGGACAUGUGUGCAUAUACGACCUGACCACGGGCGAGCGGCUGCGGAAAUUGGCGCACCACACGCGCGUCGUCAACCAGCUGGCGGGUGGCCAGAACGGCAACUUUGUGAGUGUCGGCGACGAUGGGCGGCUAAAUUGGUGGGAUGAGCGGGCGGCAAGCGGUCGGCCGGCGGCUUUUGUGGCCACCGACUUUCCGCUGCUAUCAGCCGCCGUCUGCCCGGUCUCGGCCGGGCGGGUAUACACGUCGGGGAUUGAGCCAGUGGUACGAGCCUACGAGCAGCGGCGCAGCGAGGACGCAGUGUGGAAGACGCAGACCGGCCACCGGAGUGGUGUGACCUCGCUGUGCACUUCCGCGCAUGGAGAGGAGGUGUGUGCGCUGGGCUUCGAUGACAGUGUGAGCUUUUACGGCCAGCAGGCCGGACAGCGUCUAAGGCGGGGAUUUGCCCUCCCUGCGCGGAACACCGGACGCCUCCUGGCACGGUGCGCUUUCGUAGAGGACAAACGCUAUGUUGCGGCGUACGGCUACGUAGUGGACGUGACCAGCGAGGUAGUGGUGUCCGACGAGCUGGCGUCUCUGCAUGCGGGCGCAGUCAUUGACACCGUCUACAAGGAGGGUAGCCGCCAGCUGCUGAGCACGUCUGCGGACGGCACGGCGCUGGUGAAGACCUGGGAGGCGGGCGGCUAA